GGAAUAAAAAAACCGGAAAUGUAAUUUUCCCGUUGAAAUAUAUUUCUCUCAUAUUUAACGUGCAAUAAAUCGUCGUUGCAAGCUCGUUCCCCGGGUAAAAAAAACCGCGUAAUAUUUAGUGUUUUCGCCGGGGAAAUCCCGAGCUGGCGGAAGGAUAUUGCGCGGCGUCGAGGCAGUAAAGCGGCGGUGGCGGCAGCGGGCGCGGGGAUAUCGCGGUGAGGGGCGCGCAGUGCUCAGAGCGGCUUCAGCAGUCGCGCAGUGCAGACGUGAGGGCGUAUCCUCUCCUAGCAGCCUCCAAUCUCAACGUAACCAAGGCGCCCUUUGGAACACCCUAACCCACCCAAGUCAAUCGAACCGACACACCCCACCCCCCUACCUCCUCUUGUCAACCAAACCGGGGAGACACUCCUUCGGAUACCAUCUACUCAAGCGGGGACUACGUAGUCGGGGACCUAAUCGCUCUCGCGUCCUCCGCUUCUACUCAACAACGCGGGGACGACCUCUGCGUGUUCGGGACCACCUCCACCCCACGGCUCCACGACGCGACCCCGGGCCUACAGCGGCGGGGUGUGCCAGGGCGAGCGGGAGUCGGCCCCGCCGAGAAUGCUGCUCUCCAAGAAGGCGGCCUCGUUCGCUCACAUCUGCCCGCCCGGCGCCGCGGACACCCCCUCGUGCAAGAGCAACGUGCACACAGGGCGUGGAGAGAGGGAACCCCUGGAGAAGCUUUACCAGGUGGGGCCCGUACUGGGCAGCGGCGGCUUCGGCACCGUCUACCAAGGCGUGCGGGCGAGCGACGGCCUACCUGUCGCAAUCAAGCACGUGUCCAAGGAGCGAGUCACCGAGUGGGGGCAACUACCAAGUGGCGCUCUCGUGCCGCUGGAGGUGAUCCUGCUGAAGCGGGUGGGGGGCCCGUACCCCCCCGUGCCCUGCGGCGGUGGAAGCGGAGCGGGGGGCACCGCCUGCGCCGUUCCCCACCACCACAACCACCACGGCAGCCACGGCAACCACCAGCGCGGCGUGAUCCGCCUGCUGGAUUGGUACGAGCGGGCGGACAGCUUCGUGCUGGUGCUGGAACGCCCCGAGCCGUCGCGCGAUCUCUUCGACUACAUCACGGAGAGGGGGGCACUGCCCGAGGCGCUGGCUCGGGACUUCUUUAGACAGGUGGUGGAGGCGGUGAGACACUGCCACGCGUGCGGCGUCCUGCACCGAGACAUUAAAGAUGAGAACAUCCUGGUGGACCUCAAGACCGGUGAACUCAAACUGAUCGACUUUGGCUCCGGGGCGCUGCUCAAGGACACGGUGUACACCGACUUUGACGGCACGCGUGUGUACAGCCCCCCCGAGUGGGUGCGCUGCCACCGCUACCACGGCCGCUCGGCCGCCGUGUGGUCUCUGGGCGUGCUGCUCUACGACAUGGUGUGCGGGGACAUCCCCUUCGAGCACGAUGGCGAGAUCCUGCGUGCCCAUGUCACCUUCCGCAAGCGCGUCUCCCCUGAGUGCCAGCACCUGAUCCGGCGCUGCCUCUCCGUGCGCCCGUCCGAUCGCCCGUCGCUGGACGAGCUCCUGCUCCACCCCUGGAUGACUCCGGGCAUUGGCGGCGGCAGCGGCGUCGGCGGCAGCGUUGGCGGGAGCGUCGCCGCCGCAGGAGGGGCUGGGCCUUCGGGGGGCACGGUGGUGGACCCCUCGGAGACGGCCCUUGGGCCCCCCCCCUCGGAGCUGAGGCGGCCAUCUCUGGACGAGGACGAGUCGGAGUCUGACGACGCGAGCAGCAGCAGCAAGGAGAGCCUGUGACAGUGAUGAUGAUGACGACGACGAUGUUGACGAUGUUACAUCAUCCAGCAGGGAGAACCCUGAGACAGUCAUGUUGCCGAGAGUAUGUCGAUGACGGUCGCCAUCGCAUGAAGAGGAGAAUGUCGCGCGUCCUGAGUUUUUUCGAUGAGCAAGGCGGUGCCACAGCUUUGCACGUCAUCAAGAGUUUGAGUCACGAGCCAGGGAUUUCAUCCCACGUUGCUUCACCUCAUCAAGAAUGAAUUGACCACAGAAGAGGCAUCUUCGCAAGACCGUCAACAAUUCCAGUCUGCACGGAGACGCGACGUCGUCACGCAUCAUCGGGAAUUCGUGAGCCCCGAGUCGAAAAAUUUGAGUAAUGACCCAUUGACAGACUCCACAUCGUCAAAACCUCAUCAUGACCCAGAGACUUGGUCCCCUCCCACAUCGACAAUUUCAAUCUGUGACCCUCGGCAGACGUGGGUCGCGUUAAGUUAUUGUUUGUGAAUUUCACCCUGAAGACUUUUGGCUUUUAUUAUUUUGAUUUCUGUACGACAUGAAGGACGCCAACCACCCUCCUAAGACUCAACGGCCGAUUUCAAAGCGUCGCCCUGAAGGGCGGGCGAAGAUAAGCUAGACAUUAAUUUAAUUUGUGUUAUUUUUAUAUGAGUAUUAUAAUUAUUUUUAGUACUACUACUGACUUGUUAUUUUCGUGGUGCAAUUGCCCAUGACCCGCAAGUGCUCGCCGUUAUAAACCACCGUGCCUAUCGGCUGCUUUGGUGGCACCGUUUUGGGGGUGUGGAGGGGGAUGCUGAGAGAAGAUGGGGGGGGGGGGGGUCCUCCUCCCCCCUUACAUCACCGCCGCUUCAACAGAAUUUUUCAACGGACCGAAUUGUGCCCCCUCUCGCCGCUCCCUCGAUGGGUUAAUUUAAUGAACUUUUUAGUAGUGUGAGUAAUGAGCGUCGGUUGCCACACUCACGGUUACCGGAUGUGUAAGUUAUUGCGUUAGUUUCCCCGUCGUUGCUGAGGUUUGUUUUUAUCUCGGUGCGUGAGUGACGUCACCUCGGAAUGCCAAAAACCCUGCCUGCGUGGACUUUACGCAUCUCGUCUCUCGUUCACCUCCUGACCCUCGCCACACCCCACCGCCCCCCCCCCCUCAAGUCGAGAGGAAUCUGCCGGUGGCGGAUUGUGGGGUUCGCUCACUGCCUUAAACCCCCCUGAACCCCAACAGAAUCUCCCUUUCUCUUUUACUCCCCUCUGCCUCGUCCUUACUUCUCUCGGCCUCUUUCCCCAGUCUCUCGUCUCAUUCAACCCCUGCCCUCUCCCCCCCCCCUCGGGGUAUCUCUCUCCUUCCCUCUCUCUCUCUCUCUGCCCAUCUCUCUUCCCCAUAUCUCUCUUGCACCCCCCGGCCCAAUCUCGUUAUUUCCCUCCGUGUCCCAUGUUGAUGAUGCACAACCAAUGCAAUGGAGGCUGCCGUUCUUGCCUCGUUCUGUUUGCGUAGAUUUUGAAUUCUCUCGCUGUUGAUCUCCGCGAAAUGCAACUGUUGCUACCGUAGCUAUUGUCGCGUUGCUGGCGUUGAUCAUUUAACUCCCCCCCCCCUCUACCGUGGGGGGGGGGUGAAAUAAUGGAGGGGGUCGCCACCGCCAAAUGUUUCGAGUUAUUUAUUGAUGUGACGGUGAUGGCCGCGCUAUUUAUUUUGCGUCGUGGUCGUCUGUCUUGAGUGAAAGGGAGCCCAUCCUGAGUUCCCUGCCCCCCACCGCACUGCGGCCCCCCGUGGUGUUUUAAGUUUACAGCUUCCCCCCCCCGUCUACCCCUUCCCAGCACCAGCUGCUUGCCCCCUUGUUCACCUGCUAAUCAUCCAUGCACCCCCAUCAUCCAUGCACCCCCACAACCCCUUGGCUUGAUGAACCCCCUGCACUCCCACAAUCUCAACCCUUAACCCUCCCCCUGUACCCCCACCCCAAUUCUGAUCCAAUCCUAGCUCCCCCCCCCUCUACCGCAACCUCUUGGCCCUGACCUCACGACCUCAAUAUCAUCGGCUAAUUGGCUCGAGUCAUGUCAUAGGUCGAGUGACCUGUCUCAUGGCGUCAACGGACCCCCACCCCCGGGAACUUGGAGCUUCCCCCUCUGGUGGUUUGGGGUGAGGGGGGGGGAAUUCCAACCCAAGGGGGGGGGCCCAUUUUGUUCCUACCCUCAGGGACAACGAAUUGCGCAACCCUCUCAACUCUCCCUCUCCCUUAGUCCGAGUGUGAUUAGAGCGUUGGGUAGGCCACGUAACAAUAAUAAUAAUAACGGUGAAGGGGAUGAUGAUACUGUUAAAUUGCCUUUCCUUGUGUGUGUGUGUACAUAGUGAGUUGGCAAGAGGGUGGUGGGGGGGGGUUACUUGUUAUGGGGAAAGGAGAAUGGAUCUGAUGCAAUUUUAACUUCUAUUUAUUUCAAUCUUCGUCCUCCGCAGUAGCGCGUUUUUUGUAAAUAAAUUGCGAGGGAGGAGUGGGGGACCCCCAUCAAUCUCACCGCCACCACCACUGCGAUAUUUAACCCCCCCCCCCCACCCCUCCUUUGAGGUCUUAAUAAUUUGAAGUAUUUGGUGUUCUGUGCACGCGGCCAGUGCUGCUGCUGUGUACGCGGUUAUUUUUUAUACGGAUUUCAAAUAAAGUUGAGCAUUUUUUGUA